AUAACAGGAGGCAGGUAAAAUAUUUAAGAACCUAAUAUACAGUAUUCUAAGUAGGUGUAGUCAAUGGAAAUAUGUGGUCUUCUGCAGCUUCUGUGCUGAUCGUGGCAGCCUGGUGCCUGCGGGAAGGCGCCAGCCACGUGACCUCGGGCUCUGGCGUGGAGGCGGCCGCCGGUCCAGAGGACAGACUGGCCUGUGGGCUGGGUGACUCUCCACCAGCCACUCGACAAGACACCACCGAGAGGCUGGCCAGGCUGCGGCAACAGAUGGUUGUUGCCAACAUCACCGCCUACAUUAUCAUACAUGGCGAUGACCACCAGAGCUUGUUCUUGGCGGAGAGGGAUGAGCGGCGGCAGUACGUGUCUGGGUUCUCCGGCGCCGGGGACGCCGUGGUGACUCUGGAGCGCGCGGCCUUGUGGACAGACAGUCGCUACUACAUCCAGGCGGACGAGCAGCUGGACUGCAACUGGCUGCUGAUGAAGACUGGCUUCAUCACCACGCCCACCAUUGCGCAGUGGCUGGCGGCAGAGCUGCAGGCCGGAGACUCCGUAUCGUCCGACCCGAGGAUCGCCACCUUCUCUCAGUGGAGCUCCUGGCAAGCCCAUUUCAAUAGCUACAAUAUCAGUUUAAAAUUGUACACUCAAAACCUUGUGGACGAAAUCUGGGGGACUGAAGAAUCAAGGCCAGAUUACUCUAACCAGAGCAUUUCAAUUUUAUCUACUGAUUACACAGGCGCCACAUGGCAGCAGAAACUGGGCGAGUUGCGCCGGGAGAUGGCCGCCCAGCAAGUGGACGUGCUGGUGUUGACGAUGCUGGACGAAGUGGCCUGGGUGCUGAACCUGCGCGGCGCGGAGAACCGCUACACGCCGUUGUUCCGCUCCUACCUGCUGGUCGCCGCCGACUGGUCCACACUGUUCCUGCCCGCCGAGCGCCACGCGCCGCAGCUGAGCGCCUACCUGCUCGCCGACCUCGAGGACUCCUCGCAAGCCGUCAGAAUCAGACCUUAUGAAGACAUCUGGACCACUCUGGCUGAAGUCGGCACCAACUACUCCCGCGUGUGGUUCCCCUCUGCUUACAGCUAUGCUCGUGGCGCCAGCUUCUUUGCUGUACAAACAGUACCAAACGAGAAAAGGUAUUUUGCCACAUCACCUGUGCUACUGAAAAAGGCAAUAAAGAAUGAAGUGGAAAUCAGAGCUAUGAGGAAUGGUCACUUGAAGGAUGCAGUUGCACUGUGUCAGAUGCUGGCUACUCUAGAAGAUGAUAUCGAGAAUGAGAAGAGGGAUUGGGACGAGCUGUCCGUGGCCAUGGAGGUGACAAAGCUGCGGAUGGCCCAGGAAGGCUGUGUGGGUCCCAGCUUUGGCACCAUUUCGGCAUUUGGGGCGCACUCCUCCAUGGCACAUUAUCAGCCGGACCACAAUUCUAACAUCGCAGUUACCCGGGCAUCGCUCUUCAUGCUCGACUCGGGGGGCCAGUACCCAGGCUGCACCACUGAUGUGACCAGGACAAUGCACUAUGGUACACCCACUCCGCUGCAGAUAGAUAUCUACACACGGCUCCUGAUUGGCUGCAUCGACCUGGUCAGCACAGUGUUCCCCGCUGGUAGCACCAUGGGUCAGCUGGAAGUGGUGCUAAGGAGGCCGUUGUACGCACUGGGGUUGGACUAUGGUCACGGAAGCACGCAUGGGAUCGGCUCCUUCCUCGGAGUGCACGAGGCCUUCAAUACAGUAUACCAAGAACAUUUCUUUGGAUCUCAAGAGCCUGGAUACUAUCGACCCAACGAGUUCGGAAUGCGGCUAGAAAAUAUAGUUAUGGUGGUUAAAGCCAAUUUUUCAGAUGUGACACAUGACAGCAGCACGUACCUGACUUUCGAACCAGUGACAUUUGUACCUUAUGAAACUAAACUCAUCGAUUUAACAAAGAUGAGUUCGGAGCAGAUAGCCUGGCUGAACAGGUACCACGAGCAGACCCGGCUGCUGGUGGGGCCCGAGCUACUGCGGCAGGGCCACACGAGCACCCACCAGUGGCUGCUCAGGAAGACACGGCCCGUCACGCGGGACAGCACAGCCAGUGGCGCUGGCGUGAGAGGUGCAAGCUACAACAUAAUUAUGUUAAUAAUCGUUUCGUCACUUCUGGAAUUAGUUCAAUAGAACUUUUACUAAUUUAAGUUACAAAUAAACAGGCAAAUUAAAUUGUGUAAUUACCUGUAUAACAUUGAUAACCAACGCUGUGUAAUGUUCUGCUGUCACAUAAACUAUUACUAAAGUAUAAA